CAGAGUGGAGUAUUUCUGCCUUGUCAGGGCGGACGGCCUUUUUGGGACAAGAUGGCCGAGUGUAAGGACGAGGCUCCGAGCCCCAUUCAAUGUGACUCCAAUCUCCAGUCAACAGGUGACACCAACUGGGAUUCCUAUGCUACCACAAUGAAGACAGCAUUCACACCUAAAACAGGAGCGAUGGCUAAUUUAAUACGUCCGAAGAGCGUCAGAAGAUUAGGCUAUACCUACUCGCUUAGCGAUCCUAUUCUGAACCAGACACUUUAUAAUGAGGAGUAUUGUUGGAAGGAGUAUUCUAAAGAAAAUAUGAUAAAAAGUGGGACUUCAAGAGGACUAAGGACCCAUAAGGCUCAUCUUGCUCAAGAUUCCUUUCAGUGGACACUCCCUAAAGACAAAGCAAUCAAACCCCUCCCUUCGGUAACCCUUCCGACCCAGGAAGAGAUAGUCCGGGCAGCGAUAGCAAAUCAGUUUGUUUCGCAGACCAAGAGGGACUUUGUGGAUGUGGCUGAAGCUAAGAGGACCAUGAAAAGGAUUCCCAUUGCCAUGAACUGGAAAGAGUUACUUCCCCGACCUCUGGACACUGAAUUUCGGCACCAUUACCAAGUUCCAGCUAAGAUUCCUGAACUGCAGGAUUUUAGUUUCAAAUAUGGAUGCUACUCAAGUCUGCCUGUUGCUUCCCAGGGUCUAGUGCCUUCCGUGCUGCACAGCUACAUACGGAACCAGGAGCGCACAAAGAAGCAGACCACCUACGCGAGUGACUACGGGAAAGCCUGCCUGGACUUCUUGAUGAUCUUAGACUCAUUUACUCCUUCCCAAAUCCAAAGGUACCUGCAAGGUGUUUCCAGCAAAGAGAUCUCCUACUCCAAACAAGACUGAAGCCCUACUGUGUGUGCAUACAGGGGAGCCGAAGGAGGCCAUGGACAUUGGAGUCUUCCUCCCUCACUUUCCAUCUUGCUCUUCCUCUCUCGGAUCAGCAGCUCUCUGUUUGACUGACCAUCUUGUUCCUUGGGAGCCAUUUUUCUUUGCUUCCUAGUGCGGGGAUUAUAGGCACUUGAAACCAUGGGUGGCUUUUUUGUGUGGACAAUAGGAAUUCAAACUCAGGUCAUUAUGCUUGCAAAGUAAGUGGUUUUACCCACUAAGCCAUUGCUUUAGCCUUUCAAUUGCUUUUAAGGAUGGAAAAUGCACACACACACACACACACACACACACACACACACACACACACACACACCCCAAGAAGAAAUGAGUGUCUGAAUGUUGAGCAUCAGGGAAACAGGCUAAGCAGCUGCUUUGCCUCCUAUGCAAGUGGGAGUGUGUUUUCUCCUGGGAGCCUUAUUCCUCUCAACAGAUGCCUGAAGGCCAGGCUGUCUCUUCAGGAGGAACUAAGAGCCUUCUGGACACCUGCUAUGCAAGUCCCUGAAGACACAGGGGAGUACACCAGCAAAGCCAGGCUGGCUGGCCACUCCCUUCACCAGUUUUGGUGUGAAUUGUGUAAAACCACCCUCUGAACUCAUGUUACCUCUAAGAGCCACAUCCCUUGGACCCACAGGAAGAGGAACUCUGCCUCCUUCAGAAGGUGCUGACAUUUGCCCAGGAAUCAGGGACCAGCCAUACCAGAUGCAGCCAUCACAUGGGCCAGACAUCUGGUUUCCCAUUCCAUAUGUGUGCCAUCUGAGGCUUGGCCUUGCUCCCUAGGAGUGAGCUGUGGUCAGCAGGGGUGAGGAGAGGGUCUUCUGCUAAGCGUUGUUGACUUGACCUCUGUUCUUACCAGGGAAGAUAAACUUUCCAGGCAUCAAGAUUUGUCCAUUACCUCUCCUAGACCUCCCAGUAAACCAACCAGGUGCCUUGGGACAAGUUAGAUUUUCCUUUCUUCUUGGUUCUCCAGGGCAGCCCUGGGAGCAGACACCAGGAAGCACACGGCCCAGAGCUUUGGCUGUAUUACAAUGCCCUGGGCUGCUGGAGAAGCCACUCUAUCCCAACUCUAAUGCCCUUGCCCAUUGGUGCAGCUCUUAUGGGGCCACAGGCACGCAGGAGGGUCCUUUAAAGCUUUUAUGCACCAAACCUCCUGUCAUCAUCUGGUAUCAGGGAAGAUGGGUUAGAAUGCCUGUCAGUUGUGACCAUCCCAGCAGCACUUUCACAGCAGGGCUCAGCCGGAUUUCAGAAUGGAGACCUGAGAUGUCUUAGGCUCACUUAUUGUUGGCUCAGCUUAAAUCAUGGGAUUAGAUUAUCUUAAGUAAGUAGUAAGCUUUUGUGGACUAGGAGAGCAGAGCAGUGGUAUUUUGAUGGAAAGAGAAAGACAGUAGGGAAGGAGGGAGGGAGAGAGAUGAGAGACAGACACAGAGAGACACCCACAGAGAGAUAAAGAGAAAUGGUAGGGUGGGGGCCAGGGCACUAGUCGUCCCCCCUAAGUAACAUCAAGUUGGGGUGACGACUGGGCAGACUGAGGAAGGGUAUAGGAGAAAGCAGAGCAGGAAGGAAGAGUAGGAUACUGAAGUGGGCCUCUGUGUCCAUGAAGUCUCUGUCACCACUGCUUGGUACAGACAUCUUUACUGUGAAAUCCAAAACCUUGUGAGCACCCACGGGACCACAGGUGAAAAAUUCUACACCUUACUUCACACCAACUGUCAUAGUUGAAGCACAGACAUGUGGAAAAUGUUACACACCGUUAUCCCAGGCUUGUGUCUGCGAGGCAUAUAGGAAACAGAAGCAAACUUUGUGUUCAAACUUGGAUCCAAUCUCCCAGAGACCUCACCAUAUAGAUGCCCAUAUUCCCAAGUCCAAGCAAAUCUGGAACAUUUUGAGCAUUUUCAAUAGGGAUGCUUAAACCCAGAGUGAGUUUGUUUCUAACUCAAGAAUCUUGGACUGUGUUCUUUAGUGGACAAUCUAUGUUCAGAAUUAUUUUACUCCUUGAGUUUGAUUCCAACAAUGUGGAAGCUGACAGUUCCUGCAUAUGUUAUCUGCUGGUAAAACCCUGUCAUCUGCCCACUCUCUUCCCACUUGAGUGAUAAAAUUAUCUGAAAUCUGGUUUUCUAGUAUCGUUUAAAGCUAUGACUCCCUAUUUUUUCCAGCAACAUAAAAUUUGUAAGGUGUUUCUAUCAAGCCCAGAAUUCAGAAUGCAUGGAUUGGAGCUGGAAAGAGGCUCAGUAGUUGAGAACAUUGGCUGCUCUUCAAGGAUCUGGGUUAAAUUCCCAGCCUCCGUCUGGCAGCCCACAACCAUCUAUAACUCCAGGGGAUCGGACACCCUAUUCUGACCUCUAUGGGUAUUGCAUACACAUGGUACACAGACAUCCAUGCAGGCAGAACACCCAUAAACAUAAAUAAUUUUGUAACAAAAUGCAUGUAUUCACUCAGAAAACUUCAUUGAUUGUGUAUCUAUCAUGCUAAUUUAAUACAAAGAUAAAUAAAAAUAAGUCCAUCCUAUCAGGUAA